UUAUCUAGAGUAUGAAGAAAGGCGAUAAGGACUGUCUCUCUACCGGCUCUUGCCACACUAUUUUGGGCGAGCGGUGGCUGUGAAGGCUUUUUCUCGUGUGGUUGAAAAGUUUUUGGGAUAAAUUACUUCGACAUGACAGCACUACAGAGGAUAACGAAGGAGCUGCAGGAUAUCGCAGACAACCCUCCAGGCCAGUGCUCCGCAGGUCCCGUGGGCAACGACCUCUUCCACUGCCGGGCGACCAUCAUGGGCCCCAAAGGCUCGCCGUUCGAGGGCGGACUCUUCGACCUCGCUAUUGACUUCCCUAAAGACUAUCCUUUCAAGCCGCCGCAUAUCAGAUUCACGACGCCAAUCUACCACAUGAACAUUAACUUGAAAGGAGGAAUAUGCCUGGACAUAUUACACAGCAAAUGGAGUCCCGGCAUUUCUCUGUCCAAAGUCCUGGUAGUGAUUGGGGCUCUCAUGAAUGACCCAAAUCCAGCUCAUGGCCUUCGGGAGGACCUGCGCCAGGAAUACCUCAGAGACAAAGCUUCUUACAUCAGGAAUGCCCGGAAGUGGACGCAGAUGUAUGCCAGCAAUUAACUGCAAUUUCUUUCUUUCUCUCUCUCUCUCUCUCUCUCUUUCACUUCUUUUAGUUCUGUUCGAUUUUCUUCGUCUGUUGCUUCUUUGUGGUCUUUUGUUCUUUUUCUUCUUCUUCGUCUUCCUCGUCUUCUUAUCGUUCUAUUAGAUGGCUUUCUUAUGAUAUUGUUUUCCGUGUUUGUUUCCUUAAAUGUAUCUCCUCCUGUCAUAGAAUUCAACCAUAUUCAAAAUCAAUAAACUUUUUCAAGACAA